AUGGACGAAAUUACCCACUCCCCUAUUCAUCGUCAUGACACAAACGAAAGCAAAGUAAUAGCUGGUUCUUAUACUGAGCAUGUUCAUGAUAUAGGCGGGAAAGACAGAAGUCAUAUUCCAGAGCAUCUUCGUAUUCCAGUACCAGAUCAGGAAAAAGCUGCCCCUACUUUCUUUUCAAGGGUUGGCGGCAAGAUCAAUUCAUUUUGCAGCAAGUUUAUCUUUUCUCCAAGCAUGAAGAUAAUCCGCUUUUUGCAAAAGAGAACCAACCUCACAUUCUGGAUUGUCCUGGCCAUGGUCAUUGGUAUUCUCAUUGGUCGAUUUGCUCCUGCUGCUGGCAAAGAAAUCAAGCCAUUGGGUGAUGCAUUCAUCCAAAUGAUCAAGAUUAUUAUCGUUCCUCUCGUCUUUAGUGUUCUCGUCAUCGGUAUCGCCGGUCACGGUGAUGAUAUUGCAAAAGUAGGCAAACUGGCGAUCAAGACAAUCAUUUAUUUCGAAGUGGUCACCACAUUAGCUCUUGCUGUUGGCCUUAUUAUGGCAAAUAUUAUCAAACCUGGCGCAGGUGUUAUAUUACCUGUAGGACAAGAUACGUCGGCCGUACAAGAAAUGGCUAAUAAGGAAAAAACUUCCAUUACUUGGUCAGGUGAAAUGUUUCUUAUUAUUCCCGAAAGCUUCUUCAAGGCUGCUGUUGAAAACAAGGUUCUUGCUAUCGUCUUUUGUGCUGUCAUGUUUUCUUGCGCCAUGAUGAAAGCAGACAAGAAGAGCAAGAAAGUCAUGCUCGAGAUUAAUGAAGCCCUUUCUCAGGUCAUGUUUAAAUUUGUCGGUUUGGUCAUGAAUUAUGCUCCUAUUGGUAUUGGUGCUGCCUUGGCUGCUACUGUAGGCGCUAAUGGUAUCAGUGUUCUUGCCAACCUUGGCAAGCUCAUUGGUUGUGUCUAUGCAUCCUUGGUUAUCUUUUUAAUUGUCAUUUUGGUUCCCAUCAUGUUGGUUUGCAGAAUUCCCGUUAUUGGUUUCUUUAAAGCAAUUGGUCAACCAUGGUUGCUUGCAUUCAGUUCAGCUUCCAGUGAAUCGGCACUUCCUUUGGCAUUUGAGCGCAUGCGCGAAUUUGGUUGCCCCAACUCACUUACUGGUUUUGUGAUCCCUUGUGGCUACUCUUUCAAUCUCGACGGCACUACCCUCUAUCUCUCCUUGGCCACGAUCUUUUCUGCUCAGGCAGCAGGAAUGGAUUUACCCAUCAGCACUCAACUCUCUAUCAUGGGCACCUUGAUGCUUUCAUCUAAAGGUGUUGCAGCCAUUCCCCGUGCUUCACUUGUUGUCUUGUCAGGCACACUCAGUCAGUACAAUAUACCCCUGGAAGCCGUACUAAUGAUUAUGGGUGUUGAUGCCAUCAUGGACAUGGCUCGUACUUCACUCAAUGUACUUGGUAACUGUCUCGGCUGUUGUGUGAUGUCACGUAUCGAAGGAUCCUUCAGAGGCGAAGAAUGGCGUCAAGAAGAAGAAGACCGUCGAUACAAGCGAUGGCUUGAUGAACAGGAAAAGUAUAACACUGAUGAUAAUCUAUCCAACGUCAUUGUCAUCCGUGAUGAAAAGAAUGUAUAGUAACUUAUUUUUAUAAUUGUAUCAGUAUUUAUCCAUAAUAUUUUUAGCAAUAAAACUUGAUAGAAAAAAGUUUCUUUUUAUCGACUCGUUUAGACGUUUUGCUGUCUUUUUAUUUUAUUAAAUCAUUAUUUAAUUUGUAUGUUGUUAGUAUUUACACUCGAGUGAAUGCGUUUUCUAUUAAUGUAUGAUGCAGUUUUCUUUUCUUUUCUUUUCUUUUUUUCUAUAAAGAAGUUGAUUGUAAAAGAGCAUUUUUUGGUGUUCGCAUCA